CUCUAUUGUUCGCAUAUAAUUCUUUCAUCCAUCUUGCACAGGCUAGCCUGUUGUGCGCUUUAUGGCACAGACCCAGACGGUUGACGAAGUUGCAACUGAGCACAAAAAUGUCGCAACCUACGCAGCAACCGCAACAUUUAAUUGUUCUAGUUCACGGCCUUUCGGACACCAGCCAUGCCUGGGACAAUUGCGUUGCCGAGCUGCAGAAAAUGCCAAACGCGACCGACUAUCUCUUUCAUUCCUCAGCCGUUAACGCGCGCUUUAGGACGCACGAUGGAUUUGAUAAGUGCGGUUUGCGGCUUGCGGAUGAAAUUCGGAAGGUCGUGAAGCAACACCCACAACUUACAAACAUAUCAGUAUUUGGUCACAGCAUGGGUGGAAUGAUAGCGCGCUUCGCACUUGGCAUCUUGUUUGAUCCCAAAAACGCUUCUAUUUGCGGACUGCGGCCUUGUCACUUCCUAACCCUGGCCACUCCGCAUCUCGGUCUGUCGGUGGUUGACGGGCCCGCGCAAGUACCCUUCGUGGCUUGGGCGGGGGAAAUCCCGCUCCUGGGCAACAGCCUAAAGCACGCAUUGCAGGCGGUGGCUCACGGUGUCGCCGCCACCGUGUUCCGGGGCACGGGUCGCCAUUUCCUGGCCCUGGACGGGGGGCGCGGGGAGCUUCCGCUGCUCAUUCGCAUGACACUGGACGAGCCGGACAGGGGGCAGUACUUCUUCUCCGCCCUGCGGGCCUUCCGCAGCCGCGCCUGCUACGGCAACGUUCGGGGGGACCACUGGGUCAGCUGGGAAAACGCAACAAUCAGGGGCAAAGCAGAUCUGCCGUACAUUGAUCUCGAUGUGGUACGGCAAGGACGAGGUGUCGUACGGGAAGACCCCCUGGAUGCGGGUUUCCACCAGGACCCCGCAUCCGUACGACAACUGGUGGAUCCAGCACCGCCGCUGUCACCGCCACUGCGGCCGCCGCCGCCGACGGCGAAACUGCAAAGCGGGGAGCGAACGGCGACGGUGUCAUCGUCCUUGGGGAAGGCGGCGGAGGCGGAGGAGCCUUCUUGGUCGGCGCAGGCGUUGCUGGCGGCAGCAAGACACGCGCCACCGUUGCCGUGCAGUCCUACCAAGGCGGCCGCCGCUGCUGACGCCGCUACUGCUGCUGCUGCCAAAGACGCCGCCGCCGGCACCCGCGGCGCCGCUGCAUCGACCGGCUCCAAUUCCGCAUCGGGUGCUGCUUGCACCAGUAACCGCGCCGGGCAUGACACUGGUGCAGACGAGGUAGCGGAGGAGGGUGCGCCAGCGGCGGCUGUGUCCGCGGCUGCUGCUGUUGCUGCUGCUGCGGCUCCUCAGG